AAUUAUCCAAUUCCAGAAUUCCUCUUCACUUUUCUGUCAACUUUGUUGAAAAAAAAAUCGAAAAAAGAAAAAUAAAAUAAAAUUAAUGGCUGCUUCUUUCCAUCUCCAAAGCCUUCUUCAAGGCACUCUUCUGCACAAGUCUCAGUUUCUAGGCCAAACAAAUUUCACCCAUAAAUCAAAUCCAACACUCCCCAAACACACACUAAAAGGUAUUAUUAUCACCUCCAAAUUCAACCCCCUCGAAAUCUUGGGGGGCAGAGGCCUCUGCAAUGGCGAAGAGGGUCUCCUAAAAGAACUCCAAAAACCAAUCUCAACAGACGAACCACAAACAAAACCAUCAUCAUCAAAAGAAGAAAAGCCAUCGAUUCCUGAAAUAUCCGAAGAUGGAUUCGAGAAGGAGUUAUCAGGGCUAACGGGUGGAUUUCCAGGUGGCGAAAAGGGUCUACAAAAAUUCAUCGAAGAAAACCCGCCACCGCCCAAGAAGAAGGCGGGGGAGGAGGAAACUGCGGCGAGUUUUGGGAUCGAUCAGAGCCUAGUGAAGAAGCCGAAACCACCGAAGCUGCCGAUGCUUUUGCCUGGCAUGAUUGCUAUCGUAAAAAAUCGGAGCAGUCCGUACUAUAUGUACUGUGGGAUUGUGCAGAGGAUUACAGAUGGGAAAGCUGGAGUUUUGUUUGAAGGUGGGAACUGGGAUAGGCUUAUCACUUUCCGGCUGGAGGAGCUUGAACGCCGUGAAAAGGGCCCGCCUAUGGUGAGCCCUCGAUCGGUGAUUCUUGAAGAAAUGGUCGAAAAUAGUUCUUGAUUUUUGAUAAUUUUUUUUAUCAUCAUGUACAUAAUUCUCAUGUUUUUUUAUGGGAAAUUCCAGUGGCUUAUGAAUGUAAAAUUCUGUAAUAAAUUUAAACAUUUCCAUCGUCUGGAUUACAAUUUUUUCAAGUUUCCUGAAAA